CUCGCCCUCCCCGAGCCGCAGCGCGCCCGGGGCCUCGGGGCGGUUCCGGGCGGGCGGCCUCGCCGGGAGCCGGGGCUGCGGAGGUGGCGCCGUGCGCCCUGCGCGUACCUCCCACCUCCCCGCAGGCCGCGAGCUGCGGAGCGGAGCACGGCCUGCCGGGCGCCGCGCAACCCUCUCCUCUGUCCCUUCUCCCCUCUCCCCUGAAGUCACCGGCACUUGAGGGGGCUCCCCGCGCCCUCGUUCCUGCUGCCACCUCCAGAUCGGCCUUGCCCUAGGGACCGCGCGGUGGCCGGCGCAUCCGUCCUGAUGUUUGGAAUCCUCGCAGCCGCUGGAGGCGUGUAUGAACUUCACCUCACCCCCGAUGGCCCUGCCACCACGGGAGCAGAGGUGACCAUCACGGCCAGCCUGGUGGCCGAUGACAAUGGCAGCCUGGUCCUGCCCGCCAGCACCCGCCUUUACCGCUUCCGCUGGAUUCACACCCCAUUGCUGCUCACGGGGAAGACAGAUGAAGCUUUCAGCUCCACCAUCCGCGUCGUGGGGAACGUGCCCGGGAACUUCCCGGUCUCCGUCUGGGUCACCGCCGCUGACUGCGGGAUGUGCCAGCCUGUGGCCAGGAGCGUCCUCGUCCUCCCCAUUACAGAGUUCCUCGUGGGGAACCUCGUUGUCACCCAGAACACCUCCCUGCCCUGGCCCAGCUCCUACCUCACCAAGACAGUCCUUAAAGUUUCCUUCCUCCUCCACGACCCCAGCAACUUCUUCAAGACCGCCUCGUUUCUCUACAGCUGGGACUUCGGAGAUGGCACCCAGAUGGUGACCAAAGACGCUACAGUCUAUUAUAACUAUUCCAUCGUUGGAUCCUUCACUGUGAAGGUCAAGGUUGUGGCGGAGUGGGAGCAGGUAACACCGGACGUCGGGAAGGGCGUUCUGCAGAAGACGGGCGACUUCUCCGCCUCGCUGAAGCUGCAGGAAACCCUUCGAGGCAUCCAGGUCUUGGGGCCUACCCUAAUUCAGACCUUCCAAAAGAUGAUAGUGACCUUGAACUUCCUGGGGAGCCCCCCUCUGAACGUGUGCUGGCGUCUUAAGCCCGAGUGCCUCCCGCUGGGGGAAGGGGAAUGCCACCCUGUGUCAGUGGGCAGCACGGCUUACAACCUGACCCACAUCUUCAGGGAUCCUGGGGACUACUGCUUCAGCAUCCAGGCCGAGAACAUUAUCAGCAAGACGCAUCAGUACCACAAGAUCCAGGUCUGGCCCUCCAGCAUCCAGCCUGCUGUCUUCGCUUUCCCGUGUGCCACACUCAUCACCAUGAUGCUGGCCUUCAUCAUGUACAUGACCCUGCGGAACGCCGCUCAUCAGAAGGACAUGGUGGAGGUGGCUGAUUUUGACUUUUCCCCCAUGUCUGACAAGAACCCGGAGCCGCCCACUGGGGUCAGGUGCUGCUGCCAGAUGUGCUGUGGGCCCUUCUUGCUGGAGACGCCAUCCGAGUACCUGGAAGUUGUCCGCGAGAACCACGGGCUGCUGCCGCCCCUCUACAAGUCUGUCAAAACUUACACAGUGUGAGCGCCCCACACCCCCGACCCGGUUUCAGCGUUAACUGACUGCUGACUGGGAGUUUCGGGCAGGGCGGGGCAGGGUGGUGCACACUGCCCAGCAGAAGGGGUUCAUGUGUGCAGGGCUGUCCACCCUGGACGACCAUCCAUUUUUACAGUCCAGCUGCCUCCACAAGCCCCCCUCCAUCACACCCCCUAGCCAUCCAUCCAUCCAUCCACCUAUACAGUUGUAAGCCCCUCUCAGUCAGUCCCACUCCUUGGCUUUGAAGAGGCCCCAACUGGGGCUGCAACACCAGACGUGGUCCUUGUUCUCUCCUAAGUGUGCCUGGCUACUCCUCGUCCAUUCCUCCCCUAUUGGCACAUUUGCUGUCUAUCUUGGGUUCACAGUUCCCUCCCCCAGGCAGCACUGCCCAGGUCAGAGAGCUGGAAGGAAAGUCACAAAUGGAUAAUUUAAGGCUGCAUCACAAAAGGUCAUACAUACAGAGACAAGCGUGCACACACACCACACAGACAUUUCAGAUGAUUUCCUCUGUAUCAAUUAGGUGGUUGCUGGGAUGUACCCUGAAUCAGCACUAAAAUGAAAUCUGACCUUUCCCACAUGGCCCUGACAGCUCCUGGGCCUGGCUCCUCCCUUUGUGUGCUGUCCCUGUGGCUACUGGGUCCCUUUCUAGGGACACCCUGUUCCCUCUCUGCUUGCUGGGGGUUGGGUGGGGGCAGGGCUAAUGCUUUGUGAGUGCAAAGUGCUUUAUAAAUAGCACCUUCUUUUAUUGAGUCCAUGUUAAACUUUCAUUGAGGAAAAGGCUUUGCAGCAAAAAAAGAGUCAAGCCACGGGGACUUGGGUACCCGGAGGGGGAGGGGACAGUGUUCUUGCCCCCGCCAGCUGCUCCCAGGGUGGCCUUGAGAAGGAAGAGGCAGGACUGGAUGGAACCCGGGGGGGGGGGGGGACCAGCCCACUCCUCUUUCUUUGUUGGCCCAGCAGCCUGGGGGAGGCAGAGGAUGUACAGAGACUGUGUUAUGGGUGCAGAGGGAGACCACGAUUAGGCCCGCAUCGAACUGUGCAGGAUUAGGGAGCAACCUGGGCCUGCCUGGGGAGGGGAGGCAGGGCCGUGGGGGCUGAGCUUUGUUGCUGUCAUCGUUUGCUCUCAGACUUUGUGCUGAAAACAGCGUUCCCACUGUCGUGCAGCUCCGACUCAUGAAAUACUGCCAUUAUUGCCGAAUAAAGCUUGUGUGCUCUGAGUAUAGCCAAGCAUA